GUAAACAAGUUAGCGCUAAUCUGCUCCUCUACUACGUUAACCGGCAUGCAACGCUGGAAACGAAACGUGAUGACGUCACGAAGUGUUGGGCAGACGCGCUCGCUGGUUCGAAGUGUCGUUUUGGCGCUAGUGUCGGUGCACGUCCAGUUUUGCUGUCAGAGCAAGCUUAACUCUGCUUUCUUGUUUAGUUCCGACCCCCAGAGAAAAGACACACAGCUUUGGCCUUGACGUACAGACGGCUGCCGUAAACGUGCGACGAAAUAUUUACGAUAUGAAUGUGGACUUUUGCUAACAGUUAGCCGAGUUAGCCUCCGAGGCUGUUUCCAUGGAGAUUCAACUAAACCGCGACGCGUUGGCUGUUGUUUUAGGCUAGUUUUUGUCCGUUGUUUUUUUUAUUUUUUAUUGUUAUUAUUUAGGGGGGUUGUAUUCACGUAAAGGUAAAAUGUCAAAUUCAAAUCCUCCUGAGCCUCAACUACCUGUUGAUAACCAGUCUUACUUUUUAACUUAUGAUUGUCCUGCGGGAGGUAAACAGACACACACAGAAACGGCAACCCAAAGCAGCCCCCUUAGGCUGAGAUUCAGCAGUCUGACUCUGGAUGAGCUGAGUGAGCAGCUUGACAGACGGACUAAGGAAACACAACAACUACAAGAGGAGAUUGAAACUGCGACCAGAGAAGCUCUGAGGAGGUUUGGGUGCACUUACAGUUCAACUGGACAAAGCUGCUACAAAAAUGACUCAGCCGAAAAUCCCUCUGGUGGUUCAGCCCACGCGCAGCCAGUGACUCAGGCUGUUGUCUGCUGUCUGGAUGCUUUAAAACUGGACGAGGCCCAGCGAGACAGAGGCUUCUGUGAACAGGAAUGGUUGGAGAACGCAACAGAUCGCUGUCUUGAACAGCUGUCGGGUUUACAGCUUAACGAGGGGCACAGUGAAGAACAAGAGACAUUCAGUCCCCAGAGAGCCUUUGUGAACAUGCAGGUAAAACUGAAUGAAGCGCAGAUGGAGAAGGACGUCCUGUCCGACCAGAGGGCGAAGGGCUCGAGGGCAAACGUCGACCAGGUGGAGAAGAUGCUGCGCUUGUUGGAAGAGCGUCAGAAUAUCAAAAGGUCUGCGGACCAGGAGCUCCAGGAGACAGAAGGUGAGGCGCCGCCACUUCACAGGAAAGUAGAACCGUCGGGAAAGGUGGUUAAAAAGGUGCGCAGCACGCCAUCGGAGAAGCCGUUUGGGAUCAACUUAACCUGUAAUAAAAACGUGAAGCACCGAGGACCGCCACCAUGCGUAGAAAAUCCCAGCAAGGAAACAGACCGGCAACACUGCACAGUUUUUUCAGUAAGUACAAAAAUGUAGCAUUAAGUUCUCUGUCUGAAAAUCCUGCUUGAUAUUUUUAUUUUUAUUCCUUCUCUUCCAUUCCAGCAAAAAGAACAGAGGAAUGAAGAAGACGACGGAUCAUUUAAGCGAGAAUGGAUGGAAGACCUUAUUACGAGUCUUGGCCAGGAGAUGGCGACGUUGACCGACAAACUGAGCUCAUCAAAACUCAGCGGAGUGAACUUGUGUGCCAAGCUGGGGCUGCUAAAACAUGUGGCAGAGAGACAGACCUCGCUUCACCACUGUCAGAUCAGCGAACUGGAGUCAGCCCUCUCCAGCCAUAGCGAUAAGGUCGAUUAUUUGGAAAAGACGAUCGUCGAGAUUAAGACUCAACUGUGUGCUGUCCAGAAAGAGAGAGACCGAUCUCUACAACAGGCAAAAGAGCUUCAGUCACAGCUUCAACAACUAAAAUCUUUCUGUGAGAAGCAGCGGCUUGAACACCGUGAAGGAACAGAGGUUCUGAGAGGACAGCUGGAGUUGUCCAGGAAGCAGCUUUGUACAGCUGAAGAGGAGAAGUCCUGCCUACAGGCGCUUUUAGAGCAAAGGUCACGGGAGACUCUGCAGGCUGAGCACGAAGCUCUGAGGCUGAAGUUGAUUGAAAGAGAGAAGACGAUUGACAUUCUGAGGCCGCAGGUGGAGCGCAGCCUCCAGACGGCCGCGCGGCACAGCGACGCCAUAACCAAGCUCCAGCGGGAGAACAGCUUCCUCAUCGACCGGCAUAGACACGAGAUUCAGCAGCUCAAAGCUGAGUUAGUCCAACACCAGUCUGACCUGGAGCGUGAGAGGCGGGAGCUGCAGGCCUCCCUGACCGAGCAGAAGCUGCGCGUUCAGGAGGAGACAGCGGAGAAGCAGCGGGUUAUGAAGCAGCUGGAGCUGCAGCGGGGGCAGCUUUUCAGUCUCACUGAAGAGCACGAGGAGCUGCGGCGGCUCCACAGCUGCAAGAGCGACGAGCACCGAGGCGUGGUUCUGAAGCUUCAGAGUCAGCUACGCAGCGCCCACCAUGAGCUCCAUCACACCCGACGCGGCCUGAAGACCCUUAAAGCAGCCGAUGGACAUGGCCUCCGGGUGGCUUUGGACAUGCAGAAGGAGAUCACCGCCAGGAGAGAGGAGGCUGACUCCUUGCAGAGCAGAAUCCAGCAUUUGGAGGAGAAGGUGGAGAAAAUGCAACAGGAAGAGCGCCGCCAGAACCUGGAGACUCACCGUCAGCUUCAGGAACUCACUUUUGUCAGGGAGGAAAAGAGACAACUUGCCAAUGAACUGACGGCCCUUCGCUCCAAAGACCAUCAAUUAAGGGAGCGGAUUAACGAACUGGAGGCAAUCCUUCACAAGAUGUGGGAAAGCUUAGCAAACUGCCAGGAUUUCCUCCAGCUGAAAGAACAGGAGUAUUUUCGCCUGAAACUCCAACAUGCUCUGAACCUGAAGGAACUCCCGGGUCAGAAUUUGUGCGCAGUUCCGACUGUAUCUCCCCCUGAACUGAACUCCAGGACUCAAUCUGCACCGACUGCUCCACCCUCCUCCGAGCACCCCUACACCACCCAGAUCACGGAGGAUUGUGCCUGCGAGCUCGGCUCCCUCGUCAAAGGGAUUCAAGCAGUGAGUUCAGACAACCACAGACCACACACCGAUAAGAGCGCCGUCAGCAGCAGCUUCCACAGGAGGCGGUCGGCUCCGGAGAGACAGGACACAGCCACCAUAGCUGAGAAUGAGGAAGGAGUAAAAUUCUGCUCCAGACUGAGGAGAAAAACGUGCAGCAGAAAAGUGUUACAGUCUGAGCAAAGUGAUGUUUGUGCUAACGCUGCAUACAGUGAGCCACGUUUUCUGAAGACAACCGAGCCGAACGGCCGAACAGUCAACAACAGAGAAGGCCCUUUUACCUCAAGCCCAGUGAGCGCAGCGAAGUACACCACGUUCCCAGCGAUACUCUCCCUGGGUCGUAGGUCACCUGUCCACUCCCUCCUGACCUCUAACCCAAGCAGAUAGCAAAAAAAAAAAAACACAAAGAAUGUGAGGCGGACUACUUGUAUCAAAUACUUGAUUUUUUUGAAGACUUACCAGAAGAAUUUGGAUCACUGAAGAUUUUAUAAACCAACAACUUUAUAUCAUGUAUAUUUUAUUUAUCUAAUAAAAGUGUUGAAAACAUG